GGCAGUCCUCAGCCCGGCGGUAGGUGAGGGCAGCCCAACCUCGCCGCCGCCACUGAGCAUGCUCGGCUCCUCCACAUCCGCCCUUACUCGGCGGCCGACGGGCGCGGGGAAGCAGUUCCCCGCCGGUAAUGAGCCCCGUGCAGGUGGCGGAGGCGGUGUGUGCUGCUCGCGGCAGCCAUGAACCCCGGUGGCGGGGGCGCGGCGCCGGCUUUCCCGGGCCCCGUGCAGUUUCCAGGCGGCACCACGGUGCUGGUGGAGCUCACCCCUGACAUCCACAUCUGUGGCAUCUGCAAGCAGCAGUUUAAUAACCUCGAUGCCUUUGUUGGGCACAAGCAGAGUGGUUGCCAGCUCACUAGUGCAACGGCUGGGGCCACCAGCACGGUCCAGUUUGUGUCAGAAGAAACGGUGCCAUCGACACAGGCACAAACAGCAGCCAGGACCAUCGCGUCAGAGACCCAAACCAUCACAGUUUCUGCACCAGAGUUUGUUUUUGAGCAUGGCUACCAAACAUACCUGCCCAGUGAGAGCAGUGAGCCGCCAGCUGCUACUGUUGUCUCAACCCCACCAAAAGUACGUUCAAGAAAAUCCAACUCCUCACUUACGCAGAAGAAAUUAAACUGCUGCUAUCCAGGUUGCCAGUUCAAGACCUCCUAUGGUAUGAAGGACAUGGAACGUCAUCUACGGACGCACACAGGAGACAAGCCCCAUAAGUGUGAAGUUUGUAACAAGUGUUUCAGUCGUAAGGAUAAGCUGAAGAUGCACAUGCGGUCUCACACUGGGGUGAAGCCUUACAAGUGUAAGCAUUGCGACUAUGCAGCUGCUGACAGCAGCAGCCUCAACAAGCACCAGCGAAUUCACUCCAACGAGCGUCCGUUUAAGUGCCAGAUCUGUCCUUAUGCAAGUCGCAACUCCAGCCAGCUAACUGUACAUCUCAGAUCUCACACAGGAGAUGCUCCUUUCCAAUGUCAAAUGUGUCCUGCUAAAUUUAAAAUCAACUCAGACUUGAAGAGGCACAUGCGUGUGCAUUCUGGUGAGAAGCCCUACAAAUGUGAGUUCUGCGAGGUGCGGUGCGCCAUGAAGGGAAACCUCAAAUCACACAUUCGUAUCAAGCACAGCAUGGAAAAUACUCUCAAGUGUCCAGAGUGUGAAUUUCAGUGUGGAAACAAAACAAGCCUUCGACAACACAUAAGAACUCAUCAGCCUGAACAACCAGUGAAGUGCUCAGAGUGCAACUACUCCUGCUCCAACAAGGCAGCUCUGAAAGUGCAUGAGCGAAUCCACUGCAAAGAUCGACCUUUCAAGUGUGAGUUCUGCAGCUUUGAUACCAAGCAGCGGAGCAACCUGACAACUCAUGUGAGGAAAGCUCAUGGUGACAAAGUCAAGACCAAGAGGCAAACGGUGGAGAAGAAGGAAGGAGAUAGGCCAAAACAAGGUGGCUCCAGGCAAGUUGCGAAAUUGGAUGCUAAGAAAGCAUUUAAGUGUGACCUAUGUGACGCUUCCUUUGUCCGAGAGGAUUCUCUUAGGAGCCAUAAGAAGCAGCACAGUAUGUAUAAUGGAUCUAAAACCAAUGAGCUGGCUGUCCUGCAGCUCCAGAUGGAUCCUAGCCGACAGACCAGUGCCCCGAUUACAGUCAGUCACCUACAGGUCCCACUUCAGGCAGCUCAGGUUUCUCCAUACAAUGAGGGAAGAGUCAAGAUCAUUGUGGGUCACCAGGUGCCUCAGACCAGCAGUAUUGUUCAGGCUGCAUCAGUGAAUGUUGUGCCUCCUACGUUAGUUAGCCAGAAUCAGGAUGACCUCUCUGCCAACAGCCGCUUGCAGCUCCUGGGCCAAGUCAGUCUGCUGGCACCACCUCCCCCUCCCAUAUCUCAAAGUGAAGCAGGGCCUGUGGCACAACCAGCAGUUCUUCUCACAACCCACGACCAAAGCGAUGGAAGUGCUUUACAUCAGACUCUGAUUCCCACUGCUCCUGUCAGCAGUCACGAGGCUUCAGCAAACCAGGCUUUCAUCACCAGCUCUGGAAUCAGCUGCUCUGAUUUAGAAGGCCUUAAUGCUUUGAUACAAGAAGGAGCAACUGAAGUGACUGUGGUUAGUGAUGGAGGUCAGAGCAUAACAGUGUCCACUUCAGCUCCCCCUCCUCCCAUCUUUUCUUCAUCCUCUCACACAGAAGCCCCUAAGCAGACCUAUUCUAUCAUUCAGAGUGGAGCCCAUACAGCUUUGCUGUGUCCAGCAGACUCCAUACCAGAUUAGCCCUGAAGUUCUAUAACUAAACAAAUUUCAGUCUUGGAGGCAGUGCUGAGUUCAGCAGAAAUGCACAGGACACAAGUGAAUGCAGGAUUUGCCCUACAAAGCAAGAUACCUUCCCCUUACACAUUUCACUUAUCUGCACAUAGAAACAUGUCUCGUAUGUGAAAAAAAUGAUGUGUAUAUUUAUGUGCUUCUGUUGAAAGCAGAAGCUAUGUUCUUUGUAAAAUCUGAGCAUCCAGGCAACUGUUGAGGAGUUGAAGCAGUAAGCCUCUGGAACCCUGUUCUUGUAUUGUGCUGGCUGAAAUAAGAAAACCUGACUUUGUGAUGAGUUACCUUCACAGCAGAUCAUUUAUUUCAUGCACACACAAUGAGGUAAUGGUCCAAGCCAUUCUGGAGUAUGUUUUUAAACGGAGUCUUCAAUUAUGUGCUGUGUAUGCAUGUAAUUAUCUGGGUCUAAUGCAGCCCCAGUGAAGUUUAAAGGGGCUCUUCCUUAAUGUCUGCAAAAGUUGCUAGCGCCUGGCACUUGAUCUGGAAAAUGUUUAUGCAGAAAACCAGGUGUUUUUAGAAAAGAGAAGCAUUUUCUCCAGCCAUCAGUAGUAGCCAAUUUUGUUAGCAAGUUAAUUACAAAUUAUCUACAUGGUGCAGUGACCUCUGUCAGAGGCAUCUGCAUUUUAAAAAAACAGAAGAACUGCAAAUCUAUUUUUUACAAAUAUGAUUUAAAUUUUGGUUUUCUUUUGAUGCCACCUGUUUGUAGUUGCAUGAGCACUAACAGUGCAUUACAUUUUGGCUCUGUUCUUUUCAAAUUAAAGGGGAAAAAGGAAAAGAUUGCAUUAAUUCUGUUUACAAUCAAAUAAUUGUUUUUAAAAUCUAAGCCAAGGCCUGAAAGCAGCAUAAAUUCAAACUGGAUCAGAACAACAUAGUACUUUUACCAUUACAGGAUGCAUGUUUCCAUAAUGAAUGAAUUCUAGGCUGUCUUCUGAACUAUGCAGUAUUACAGUGCUAUCUGGUGAGCAUUCUUGUAGUGGUAGCUAAUAAUACCUUCACUUCCAUACUGUCUAAUUGAAGAACACUCUUGGGAGCAAAAUCAGAUCUGCAAAAAUCAAGAUUCCGUAGCCAGUCAGCAUCCCAAGGACAGUUGCUAACGUCCAUGAAGACUGAAGAGACUCUUAGCAAAACUAGCUCUUGAGAUUCCCUCUUGGGGAAUCAAAGUCAAAUUAAAUUUCACCAUAUUUGCUAGUGGGAGAUAUUGAAUGAUUGUUUUAUGUGCUAGAAACAUGCUUAGAAAACUUGUAUAAUUAGGUCCACUUUCUGAACAGGGCUGCUAUUUGAAAUUCUCAGCUGUAGAGCCUUUAUUUUGUGUAUGUGGGAGUGCUCCCUGCUUCUUCCCACUGAGUGGUACGUACUCGUGUACAGUGGAAGGCUUCCUGCUUCACAACGCUGAGUAGGAGAAUGCAGUCUUAAGAGCACAGUCAUACAGGCUGUAUGUGAAAGUGUGACCUUUGUUUUUUGUUGAAACAAGGUUUGGUUAAAUUUGUUCCAGUAUUACUGUCUUUAUUAUUUAUGAGAAAGAAUACUUUUGAAGAUCUGUAUCUAUUCAGCCUUCCUAAUCCUUGAUGCUUAAUUAGUCUUCUUUUAAAACAACAAAAAAAAAAUCCAAAUCAGCACUUUAAAAUUUGGGAUUGGAGACAAACUGCCCAACAGUGUGCUUGACACUUGUGGAUGUCAGAAAAGACAACACUCCAGCUUCAUAAAUGCCUCAUUAAAAAAGACUUGUUUCCUAGCCCCUUGCUGUAUUGAAAUAUGAAGCAAAAGUUUUAAGUUCACUGACAGUUGUAUUUCAGGGUUUAUUGUUUCCUACACUUGUUCUCCAACUUUUCUGGUGAUGCAAGUUUGUCACUUGUUAAUUAUCUCUUCCCUACAGACAGGUGCUUUAAGGAACUGACAAGACCCAGUUCCGAGUCACUGAGCACACCUAUUUUUAUAUCAAUUAGAAGUAAGCAGGAGGUUUUUACUACAUUAGAUCACUGUAGAUCAUUCAUUGAGAACAGUAAGUUGAAAGCCUAAGUACUUGGAAUUUUAACACUGGCAUAGCUGUUUUGCAACUCUCUGGUCACAUUCCCUUGUACCUAUAUCGCAGAGCAGGUCACUGCAUUUCAUCUCUGCUGAGACUGUUUGUAAAGAUACUUGGAAGAUAUAAAGCAUCACAGAUAGGUGCUUGAUCUUACUACAUAGGCUCUCUGAUAACCAGGUUGUAAAUGAUGGCAGGAGCCGCACAGAUCAAAUGCUGUUACCUUUGAAUUAAAAUGCAUGGCAUGGAAGUGAUUCUUCACUAUGAACCAGACCUUCGUGUACUUGUGUGCCUUGUCUGGAUCACCUGGCUCUGUGCAGCAUUUCUGUGCACUAGGCCAGUAGAUGUUACGGAGUCCUUUAGCAGUAAAUACACAUUUCUCACCUAGCUUCUCGGCCACAUGCAGCACUGGUGUUGCAGAGGAGGAAUGACAGUGCCUGCAAGGGCUCAGCUACCCAGACAGUGCCAUGCGCUAGCAGGCAAUUUAGCUGCAGAAGAGAAAGCCUGGGGAGGUUCAGUGCAGGUGGAAGUCUGCUUGACACACAAAGGCAAAAUGAUCCUUGUGAUUAUCUCAGUAAGCCAGUUCACAGCACUGCAGUUAAUACCAGCAUAGCAAAGUAGAUGGUAAACUGCAACCAAAACCAACCAGGGGUGGGUCAGCAGGCGAUUCUUUCCUUCUUUCUUUUUGCCAAAUAGUAAUAAUGAGUGACUUGAAUGGUGAUAGCAAAUGAUACUCUCAGCUUUCAUAACCUGUGCUGGGCCUUUGAAUAGGAGUAACUGGUCCAUUGAUGAUCUAGGUUUUAGUAUCAGUUAUUACAAUAUUUUUGUGUAUUGCAAGAUGGAAGAACCUAAAUUGAUCUGCCCUUGCUUUUGUUACUGUCUGCUUGCUCACAUAACUAUCUUCGUAAUUUAUCCUGCUGGUUGAUUUUUUGAAGGCUGCAAAUCUGAAGGAUAAUUAUGUUCCUGUUUCUACAAUCCAUAUGGUUAGAAAGUUUAUCCUCACUGAGGAGCUUGUAUGUCAAGAAACUCUGGUGAUGGAGCUUUGCAAGUGCUCUGGUUGGACAAGAAACUUCUGCCCGAAACAUGGAUGGUUGGACGAAACGUUCUUAAAAACUUUUCCAACCAAAGUGAUUCUGCAAUUCUGUGGGAUAGGAGCUGGUGGACAUGUGCUGCUCUGGGAUUUGAGCUGAUGGCUGCGUGUGACUGCAAAGGCAGUGAUAGUACUGUUUGGGCUUAGAGUAGCUGUUGCUGGUGGGUAAGGUAGGCAGGCUUUUGGGUACAGAAAACUGUACCAGGCCUACAGACCUGUAAGUGCAAACGUACUACAAUUUGUUAACUCAAAAAUAGCAUUAAUUUUGGCUUGGCAGUUGGUGUAAGUUAACUCCGCAUGAAGUAUUUUGUGUUGUCUAUAGGUGGUGCUGGAGAUCCAGAUAAGCUUCAGUGUAGUCUGCUUGGCUUGAUGUUGUGUUUGCUGUUAAACAGCGUACUGCACCUAACUCUUUACCGGGUAAAAACAUUUGAAAAUCCACUUCUACAAGUCGUUACAAAAAGCUGUCAGAGUCUUACUUUUGCUUGAGAUAAAAAAAAGCAACAAAUAAAGACUGAAGUUUUCUACUGUUGAGAUCCCAUGAAGCUGAUCUAUGGCCAAAAAUGUGAUCUCACUAUUUAUAUUAAAUUAGAGGUUUCUUUUUCUGUUCUUUUUUUUUACUGAAUGUUACUUAGUUUUUUUCUGUACAUAGUUUUCAGCUGCAGAGUGCACUAUAAUAACGAUGCAAAGUGAGCAAUUUUGACAAAGCUGUUGGUUGGAACUGCAAUUUACUUGUGUUUGCACUUGGCCAACAGACCUGCACCCAGGGGAUGCACAACCAAGUCCAGGAAUCUCAUGUUCAAUCUAAUGUCACACCUAAUGUUACACAGCUCUGUUAUCCGCAUUUCAGCUUCACAAAAAGCCUUGUGUACCUUCUAAAAUAGGAAACCAGUAGAUUUGUCAUAUUGUGAAGGCCAACCUUCGUUCUGGUCCUCUGCAUGUCUCUUAAGAUAAACAGGAAAGAUAACAAAACGGUGUGACUUAGGGUUGCUUCUUCAACAUUGUUUAGCUGAUUGCAUUAUGUUUAAGAGAACAAUCUGGAGACUUCUUUCCUCCACCCUUUAAAAAAAGAGAAAAAAAAAAAAGGCAGCUGAUAACCAAGGCUAACAUGGGGGCAAUGGUUUGUUUUCAAUUUUCUGUUUGAAUAUUCUGGCUUCAUUUCUGUGUAUGACAGUAAUGCUCUUUGUGUUUUGGAGCUGGCAGAAGCAGAUUGUUUUCAUCUCUGAUAUUUAACUCAUUCUUCAUCUUAUCAACGCAAAAAUCCCUUGGGAGAAGACCAUGGUAAUUCAUAACAAGUGUCUGUUGUAGAGCUUGCUUGUUUUCAAGUACAUGGAAAAUAAACCCUGCUAGAGUUCUGAUAUACCCUCAGAGCUCUGUAACAAGUUGCCUCUUUCCAGGAGACACUAUUAGGAUGAGUUUUGUGUUUGUCUGGAUAUGUCUAAGCCCUCCUUGGUAACCACUGAGCCCCAUGGCACAUGUGGCACAGAGUGAGCAAGCCUGCCUGCCUGGGCUGCUGCUGGGAGCUUCCUACUUCUGCCCACUUGUCACAAGUGGAUGAUGUUUACCCUGUAUUGCACUGAGCUGGCUCUAAGAGGAAAACGAGUAACUAAAUACUCCAUGGUUAGUCUCCUGCAGAACCUUUGUGUCAGGUUUUGCUCUCUAUAGAGUCUUGGGAUUUUUACACGUUUUGUCUUUUGGAUCCCAGUUGUGACUUCAGAGUCUUACAGUCCUCGCUCCUCUGUGAAUAUGAAUCUCUGUGGCUACUUAAAGAAAUGAAGUUAAGCAGAGCAAGAAUGUUAGCAAGAACACUAAGCAAGCAGUGGUGCUUAGUGUGUGUGCAUUUCAAAUACAGCAACCCUAGCUUUUGAGUCCUUUCUGACUUUGAGCUUGUCUUUACUCUGUGGCACUGCUUUUUAAAACCAGACCCAAGUGUCACAUGAGCAGGGCUUACUCUCUGCAAGCCUGACGAGAAUGUGCUUUUCACCCUUUGUUUUUGUGAGGUGGAAAUGUGCAACAGGCAAGAGCCCACAAGAAAGUUUUGUCUUUAACACCUUGAACUGCAUUUCGAGGUGGCAAUCGUUUGCAUCUUCUGCACCAUGUCCCUGGAAGACAUAGCGCUGACUUUGAACAAUAAACCAGCAGCACUCUGGAUUAAGCCUCCAUUAGUGUUGCUUGAAUCGUCUAUGCAGUUUUGAUAAAGACUUUUAGCUAUCACUUGCAUUAAAAUGGCAAAUUCUUGCUCAAAACCAGCAUCAGUUUGUCAUGUGCACAGGGGAGGUGGCUAUGCAGAUGCCCAAGGAAGCACUUCUGGAAGACUGGAUGGGUUCAAGUCCUCACAUGAGAUGAGACCUAAAUGCAGUAGAACUUGGCCCAAAGCUAGCUCCUUGGGGGUCUGGGGAAAUCUGAGCUUCUAUUGAAUAUGUGUGGGGUUUACAAUGAAAUAAUUAAUAUCAGGAAUAUUUCCCAAUGCUUUUGGCAGCGCUGUUUGUUGCUGUGAUGAUCCUACUGCACUGGAAAGUACCUUCUCUUUUGGGGUUUUAAAUUGUUCUUUUAAAAUACUAGAAGCAUGCCAAGGCAUUUUUUUUUCUGGAUUCCAAACAACUGAGGAAAGACUUCUUUUUUAGCUAUAUUUAUUUUAUUCUGCAUUUCUUAAUCUUUAUUUAUGUAUUUGUGUCUGCAGUCAAAAUGUAGUCAUUCUUUUUGCAAUGUGGUGCUCUGCUCUCUGUAAAAGUAUUUGCUGUGUCCUAAAUGGAAAGGCUUCUGUCCUAUAAUUUCAGGAAUAUUGACUGGAUACUCUAAUGGCCUUUUACCUCUAGUUGGAAAAUCUUUAACCUACUAUUUAAAUUUUAAGAAGAUAAACCAAUAUUGUUAAAAGAAACUGACGUCUCCUGUCACUUAUCCUGAUGACCUUUCAUAAGGUGAUAAAGGUUUCUAUAGUGACCUGAGGAAAUAAUGUCUCAGGUAUCAUUGUGAAUUAAAAGUCUGAAAAGCUUUUCUCUCUCAGGUAUCUAGUUCUGCCUUUGUCUUUAUUCCAGUUGCUUGCAAUGGAGAAGGACUCAUAAAACUUACAGUAUUUGGUUACAUGGCUGCCUUUCAUCUUUUAGAGGCUUCAUGACACUGAAUUCUGUGGACUGUUAGAUAAUUUAUUCUAUAAGCUUCAGGAACUGGGUUUGCUUCUCUAAAACCUGGAAAUUCUGUGUUACUCCACGUCCAAAUUUGGCACAGUUGUUGGGGUAUUGCUCUAAAUGCCUAGUUUCAGACCUCAUGUAAACUUGCUUUUAAUGUCUGAAAGUGAAAGCUCACUUGCCUGGUGAAAGUGUGGCUAAAUUUUGUAGGUGAAAGUUGAACAUUAUCUGGGAAAUAAUAAUCUCAGGACUUGUAGAAGCUUUAGGGGAGUUGCUGUUUUGGUUAUUAUUUUUUUUAAGGCUACAAGGAUGCACUUAUGCCUUUUGGUCCUGGAUAAAACCACACAUUAUCUUUCAGUUUAUCAGCUCUGAUGUGACAGACACCUAAAGCCAAGCUUGGUGUUUCAGUUUGAGUUGUCCCCUGGUACCUUUUAAAAUGAAGAAAAGCUGUUAAAAUCAUUGUGCUGUCUGUAUACACUUGGAGGUAAAGGUUGGCCCUACAUGGCAGACUCGGGCUCUGUUAGUCAGAGCUGUUCUGGCUGGUUUGUAUCCUUUUUCUCUUGGUCACAAAAUGGAAACUUACCAAGACCGGGAGCCCCUGGGCCAAAUGAGGCAGACCAAGGCCAGUGACAUCAUCAGGCCAGCCCUUGAGCUAUCAACCCAUUCUGCCUGGUGGAUGUAUUUGCAGUUUUAAGUGACAACCUCUGAAAUUAAAAAUCCAUCCCCUGGCUUUUCUUAACACAGAUCACAACUUCAUACUUCUGAAGUGUCUCCAUGUACUGUUGCUGACUACAUUUAAUUGUAUUAGUAUUUUUUAUUACUGGAGUAGUGCUGCUGAAUUCCCCACUUGGAGAAGGUGCAGCUCAGAAGUAUACUGUGAGGAUGAGAAUAACUUGGAUACCUCAGUGAUGAGCGAGAUGCAAAUACCUAGGUAGAUGCUGGAGAUAGUCACAUCUCAUGAUGGCCUAAAGGAAAAUUUGAAAGAACAGGAAUGCAUAAAGUUAAACUGCAUAAUGCAUAGCAGUCAUAAUUAAUAGAUUAAAGUUCUUUGUGAAACAUGGGGGGUUGUUUUAAUCAAGGAAAAGGACUAUAAACGGUGACAGUGUUAGAAAAAUACCAGUGUAAGAUGCCAUGUUAAAGUUGUAAAGCUAAAGAGGUGAUUAAAAUGUACCUUGUUUUUAAAGCUUUACAAGACUAAUAUAAUGCUUAUUAUCUUCAA